CAGCGAUUGAUGGAAUUGUACUACAAUCACAGAGCUACAUCGGAGGCCACGUUGAAGUAUAUAAAAGAUUUUCGCGGCUGAUUCGCUCUUUGUGAUAAUGUCGGCUGAAUAUGAAGAUAGACCCAGAGAGAAUGGCCCAGAGGGCAUGGAGCCAGAUGGAGUCAUUGAGAGCAACUGGAACGAGAUCGUGGACAGCUUUGAUGAUAUGAGCCUGCGGGAGUUUUUGUUAAGAGGAAUCUAUGCAUAUGGUUUUGAAAAGCCCUCUGCCAUUCAGCAGCGGGCCAUUCUCCCUUGUAUCAAGGGUUAUGAUGUGAUUGCACAGGCCCAAUCGGGCACAGGGAAGACUGCCACUUUUGCCAUUUCAAUCCUACAGCAGAUUGAUACAGAGCUGAAGGGUACCCAGGCCUUGGUUCUGGCCCCCACAAGAGAGCUGGCUCAGCAGAUCCAGAAGGUGAUCCUGGCCCUUGGGGACUACAUGGGUGCUUCCUGCCAUGCCUGCAUUGGCGGGACCAACGUGCGCAAUGAGGUGCAGAAGUUGCAGGCUGAAGCACCCCACAUAGUUGUAGGAACACCAGGCAGAGUCUUUGACAUGCUCAAUCGAAAAUUUCUGUCUGCAAAGUACAUCAAGAUGUUUGUGCUGGAUGAAGCAGAUGAGAUGCUGAGCCGAGGGUUUAAGGACCAGAUCUAUGAGAUUUUCCAGAAGCUGGGCCCCAGCACACAGGUGGUGCUGCUGUCUGCCACCAUGCCACUAGAUGUGCUGGAGGUCACCAAGAAGUUCAUGCGGGAUCCCAUUCGCAUCUUGGUCAAGAAGGAGGAGCUGACCCUUGAGGGUAUCCGGCAGUUCUACAUCAAUGUGGAGAAAGAGGAGUGGAAGCUGGACACUCUGUGUGAUCUGUACGAGACCCUCACCAUCACCCAGGCUGUAAUCUUCAUCAACACACGUCGAAAAGUCGACUGGCUGACUGAGAAGAUGCAUGCCAGGGACUUUACAGUCUCUGCUCUGCAUGGAGAUAUGGACCAGAAAGAGAGAGAUCUGAUCAUGAGGGAGUUCCGUUCAGGUUCCAGCCGGGUUCUCAUCACCACUGACCUGCUGGCCCGUGGAAUUGAUGUACAGCAGGUUUCUUUGGUAAUAAACUAUGACCUGCCCACCAACCGAGAGAACUACAUUCACAGGAUUGGACGAGGGGGCCGUUUCGGCAGGAAGGGGGUCGCAAUCAACAUGGUCACAGAGGAUGACAAGCGUACACUUCGGGACAUUGAAACCUUCUACAACACCACUGUGGAGGAAAUGCCCCUGAAUGUGGCAGACUUGAUCUAGAAAAACACUGCCCCAAUAUUUCUCCCUUCAUUCAAUUUUGAGGUACCCCCAUCCAGAUCAAACUCCCUCCUAUGUUGCAACCCCCUCCCCCAAACUCUGAAUUUACCCUCGGUAGGAACAGGGAAAUGUAUUUACCUUCUCGUUCAUGUAACCCCUUUCUAGAUCUGAAGUGGGGGACAAGAGACUACUCAUUCUUGCUCGGUCACAAGAUCCGCGCAGUGAAGUAGGGCCAUGUUCAAUCCAUUUAGAACUCGGGCUCCCAGUACAUGGUCCAGAUUGGUUUUUGUGCUGUAUUUCCCAUUCUAUUCUUUACACAAGUUAAUCAAGCCUUUGUGGAGUAUAUUGAGUGGUGUCAUUGCAACACUACAGUGUUGCCUGAUUGGUUGUGUAACUGUAGUCUUUCAGCUGCUUGUUGGCACAUUUGAAAGUCUGGGAGUGGGAGGUGCCUGCACAUUUCACCAAACUUUAACCGGUUUUGUUUUCCUUGCCUUAAUUAAAUCACUACUUGGGUGCUUCAGCGCUUUAAGCAGUUUUCGGAUCAAACAAAUCGAAAAGUACUUUUACCUACAAGAGGUAGAGGGAUACUAUACAAUGAACUAACUUGUCAGGUGCCUGAUGAAAUAUUGAAUUGAUGUGG